AUUGAAUAUUACAAUAAGUUUUGUUUUGUUGUUAUUAUUAUUGAUAAACAUUUUUAAUCAUAGGUUUUAACAAAUCAUUAAUACAUUUAAUAAUAUUUUAAGACAAACAGUCCGACCGGUGGCCACCAAUCGGCGGCAGCGGCUGUAAUCAUCGACUUGAAAAAAACAUGUCCAAAAUUCAGAUGUCGACAAUGUCCAGACACGACAAACUGGACCCGACUUCGUACGACUGGCCAUUCGAGUCGAUUAUCAGUACGGCAUUGGCCGACCUGAGGUCACGCGAUGAUACCAAACGACUUAAAGGUAUUCACUGUUUGCGUCAAUACAUCAAUCAAGACAUGACCGAAGUUACCGACGAAGAGCUAAAAGCUUUCUAUAACUUAUGCGUUACGAAGAUCUUUGAUCUGAUGUUGGGUUCGGGCGCUAACAACCCGAACGACAUUAAGGCCGGUAUUGUUGUUAUGUGUAUAAUAUUGGACUCGACGUCGGCAUUGGUCGAUAAGGCCAAACCCAAUAUAUACGCACCGUUUGCCAACCAUUUGCGUAAUCUUAACCAUAACUUUUCCGACAACGAACUUCUGGAUCUGUCAGCCUGUGCUGUCGGUAAGAUUGCCGUCAACAUCGAAAUGGCCGCCAAUUUUGUCAACUUUGAGAUCGCGAGGGCCAACGAAAUCAUUAAUACUGAUAAAAAUGAAAUCAAAAAACAUUCGGCGGUCCUAAAUCUUCGAGAGUUGGCAAACGUAACGCCGAUCUACUUCUUUAGUCAAGUAAAUUCGUUUUUCGAUAACAUAUUUCUGGCCAUAAAUGAUCCAAAAAUACGCGACUCAGCGGUCUCUGCGUUACGUUCGGCACUGUUUGUUGUCUCCGAAAGGGAGCGCAUAUCGCACGACCUUAAAGGCAACAAAAGCCGUAUCGAUCAACAAAUACCCAAAUGUUUUGAUGUCUGUUUUGCUGAAGUCAAGAAUGGCUUCGAAGUAACCGAUCGUAAAGAAAAAGACGACAAAGUGUUGACAUCGCUGUUGAUACUCAAUGAGCUCUUGAGAAUAUCUAAUGAUUCCGGAGAUGUCAUUUGUAGAGAAUUGGAGCUAAAAUACAGUCAAAUAAUUGAAAAUCAAAGCCAAAGUACAUCGAGAAGUAAUCAACUUUCGAAACUAUUCAGAAAUAAUACACACAUUCAGACACAGUCGUCGUCGGUUCCAUCGUAUGGUAUGCGAGAGUUGAGUGCAGUCGUCAAAUACCACAAAGAGAUGGGUAUCGCACCCAUACCUGUAUCACAUAACAAAUAUCGUCCACCAAAACAAAGCCAAACGUGUCGACAAAUGUUACUCAAUAACUUUGAUUAUCUAUGCAAUCAAGUUAUGUCACAACUUAGACAAAAAAACACUCAUAAUAUAAAUCACAUUCUAUUGGCUGUCAUUCCGAGUUUGGCCGCUCUGAGUCCCGAAAAGUUUGCGUCCACUGACUCGGUUUAUGUUAAGGAAUCGAUUAAUUAUUUGUUAAAUAAUUUGCGGGUAAUUCCGGCCCGAUCUCUAGCUUUUAUUUCGUUAGGACUUUUGGCUAUUGCUAUAAAAAGUGUGAAAAACGAUAUUUUUAAGCACCAAUUGGCGCAUAUAUUGGAAACUAUUCGUCUAACACUUCCGGCCAAAGAGCAUCAGCCAAAGAAGCGACCACUACCCGAUCCUACAGUGUUCACAUGUUUGGCACUCCUAAGUCAGGCUGUAGGCGAUGAUAUCAAAAAUGACAUCAAAAGUGAUCUUUUGGAUGCCAUGUUUGCCACCGGCUUAUCCGAAGCAUUGGCCGCAGCACUACACGAGAUAUCCAAAUAUAUUCCUUUACUCAAAAAGGACAUUCAGGACGGACUGUUGAAAAUGUUGAGUCAAAUACUGAUGAAAAAGGCGUACGCAAUGCCAGGUCUUCCUAAACAUUUGCAAAACAGUUCAUUGUCUUUCAAUAGCGAACCAAUUGAUACUCAGACAACUAUUCUCGCACUCAAAGUGUUAGGUCAGUUUGAUUUCGAGCACCGGCCACUUAUGCAAUUUGUUCGCCAUUGUGCCGAUACAUAUCUAACCGAUGAUAAUCGGGAAGUCAGACUAGAAGCUGUUCAUACGUGUUGUAAACUACUAUAUCCUGCGCUGAAGAAAGUUCAGGAUAAACAUUCACAAACACUGGUCAUUACAAUUCAAGAUGUUUUGUCCAAAUUACUGAUUGUCGGCAUAACUGAUGUCGACGUUUACGUUCGCUAUUCAGUACUCUCAAGUCUUGACGAAAGAUUUGAUCAACACUUAGCUCAGGCAGAAAAUCUGAACGCACUGUUCGUAUGUCUCAACGAUGAAGUAUUUGAGAUCCGUGAGCUGGGCUUAUGUACUAUCGGUCGACUCAGUAGCUAUAAUCCCGCUUAUGUUAUGCCUUCACUGAGAAAAGUUUUGCUUCAAUUGUUAACCGAAUUAGAAUAUUCUGGUAUUUGUCGUAAUAAAGAGCAAAGCGCUAAAAUGUUAGGCCAUUUGUUGGCCACAACUCCGCGACUAAUUAGGCCAUACACUGAACCCAUACUUAAAGUAUUUUUGCCAAAAUUGAAAGAUCCGUCACAGGCUGUGGUUACGGCCGUACUUUCAGCCAUUGGUGAACAGGCAAUGGUAAGCGGCACUGAAAUGAGGAAAUGGAUCGACGAAUUGUUUCCUAUAAUAUUAGAUGCCAUACAAGACUCGUCAUCUCAGCAGAAGCGCGAAGUAGCUCUCUGGACAUUAGGCCGUUUAGUCGAGAGCUUAGGCUAUGUGGUUGAACCGUAUUGGAAAUAUCCCAAUCUAUUGGAUAUAUUAUUUAAUAUAUUGAAAUCAGAGUCGUCUCAAAAUUCACAACUAAUAAGACGCGAAACCAUUAGAGUUUUGGGACUACUCGGUGCUGUUGAUCCCUAUCGACAUAAAGUAAAUCUGGGAGUCAUUGACCAAUCGGGUGAUCCAUUGAUAGCUCACGAUCCUAUUGUUGAACAAGAUAUCAAUGCACACGAAAUGUUAGCCAACUUUGCAGCCACUUUUGACGACUUUUACUCAGCUCAGGCUAUUUCAACAUUAAUGAGAGUAAUGAGAGAUCCGGCUCUCAGUGCUCACCACACGAUGACCGUACAGGCCGUAGCUUUUAUUUUCAAUGUUUUAGGUGUCCGAUCGGUGCCAUACAUUCAACAUGUUUUACCCCCUUUUAUUAAUGUUAUUCGCACGGGUGAACCCCAUAUUAAAGAGUUUUUAUUGCAACAAUUGGGACAAAUCAUAGCUAUCGUAAAGAUACAUAUCCGCAACUAUUUGGAGGACAUAUUCAAAGUUGUCCGCGAAUUUUGGACAACAAACUCACCGAUGCAGACAACCCUAAUCAAUGUAGUCGAACAAAUUGUUAUAGCACUGGGAGGCGAAUUCAAGAUAUAUGUGCCAUAUCUUAUACCACAUAUACUGCGAGUGUUUGCACACGACAAGAGCUUACGUCGCAGUGUAACCGUUAAAUUGCUCAAUGCUCUUCAAAGUUUUGGUACAAAUCUUGACGACUAUUUGCAUCUAUUGAUGCCACCAAUUAUCAAAUUAUUUGAAUCGAAUGAUAUCAAAGAUAAUGACGUGAAAAUAGCUGCACUCAAGACCAUUGAUGUUCUCUCAGAAGAUCUUCAGAUCACUGAUUUAGCUCCGAGAAUAAUACACGCAAUCGUACGGACCAUUGAUAACAACACUAACAAUGAAAAGGAUUUAGUAAAUCAAGCGAUGGAUACAUUGAGUGCUGUUGUAAUGCAAUUGAAUAAAAAAUAUCAGAUAUUUAUUCCGAUGGUUAAUAAAGUGUUGCAAAAGCACAAAAUAAAUCAUCAAAAAUAUGAUAUAUUGAUAACAAAGAUAAGCGACGGAUCCGGUAUUAAUGACGCUGAAGACGAUCCAAUUAUGUCGAUUCGUCGAAACAAUAAAAAAGGCAGAAAUCAGUUAAAGGAUCCGAUGGGUUCAGUACCAGAUCCCAAACGAAAUCAAGUACAGCUUUACGACUUGCAAAGGGCUUGGAAUCAAUGCUCCCGACGGGUGUCUAAAGAAGAUUGGCUCGAAUGGCUUAAAAUACUGAAUAUAGAUUUGAUUCGCGAAUCGCCUGCUUUAGCCAUCAGAUCAUGUUUUCCAUUGGCUCAGGCGUGUAGUUCUGUGGCCAGAGAUCUAUUUAAUCCGGCAUUUCUUAGCUGUUGGAAUGAAUUAAGUGAAGAUCAUCAACAGGAACUGAUUACAUCAAUACAAGACGCACUGAUGCAACAGGACAUACCUGAAGUGACAGGAAUUUUACUAAAUUUAGCCGAAUUUAUGGAACACGUGGACAGAGGACCACUACCGCUGAAUGAGAAGACAUUAGCCGAAAGAGCACUCAAGUGUCGAGCCUUUGCCAAAGCACUUCAUUAUAAAGAAGAAGAGUUUCACAAACAGGCGACCACUGAAGUGUUGGGCGCACUCAUCAGUAUUAACAACAAACUACAGCAACCGGAAGCUGCCGUCGGUGUCCUAGAGUUUGCCAAUAAAAAUCAAUUUAACGACAUUGAAGUUAAAGAGCGCUGGUAUGAGAAGUUACACGACUGGGAAAAUGCAUUGAAAGCUUAUAAACUAAAAUCAGAAAAGGAUCCAAAAGAUUACGAAUCAAUUGUCGGACAAAUGAGAUGUUUGGAAGUGUUGUCCGAAUGGAAUAAGUUAUAUAAUUUAGCUCAACAAUCGUUUUCCGAUAUUAAUCCAGAAUAUAAACAAAAGAUGGCCCGAAUGGCCGCUACUGCUGCCUGGGGUUUGGGUCAAUGGCCACAUAUGGAAGAAUAUACGAAAAAUAUAGCUUCCGAUACACCCGAUUCAGCCUUUUAUCAGGCAGUACUACAGGUUCACUAUCAAAACUAUGGAAAGGCACAGGUAUUGAUAGAUAAGGCCAGAAAACUAAUCGACACCGAACUAACAACAAUGGCCGGCGAGUCAUACAACCGGGCCUACGCUCCUAUGGUUCAGGUGCAGAUGAUGUCCGAAUUAGAGGAAGUGAUUCAAUACAAGUUGGUUCCCGAACGACGAGAAAUGAUUAAACAAAAAUGGUGGCACCGAUUGCAGGGUUGCCAGCGAUCAGUAGAGGACUGGCAAAAGAUAAUUCAAGUUCACUCUCUGGUGUUGACACCACACGACGACAUGCACUCAUACCUCAAGUUUGCCAAACUAUGUCAACGUAGCGGUCGUUUACAGUUAUCUUACCGUACAUUAGUCAGUCUUAUGAAUACCGAUGCAUCGAAACUAGAACCGGGUUUUCCACUGCCAACUACCUAUCCUCAGGUAACGUUCAGAUACAUUGAACAUCUGUGGAUUUCGGGCGAAAAAGAGGAGGCAUUCCAACAAUUAGCUCACUUCACACAAACGGCACAAAACAUUCACUUUAUGAGCGGCGAUGAAAGUCAACAAUUGAAUCAACGAAACGAUUUGAAUAAACUAUUGUCUCGAUGUUAUCUCAAGUUAGGUCAAUGGCACGAAAAUCUUCAGGGAAUCAACGAGGAGUCCGUAAACACUAUACUUAAUUAUUACUUGGAGGCCACUGAACGGGACAACAAUUGGUACAAAGCGUGGCAUUCGUGGGCUUAUAUGAACUUUGAAGCCGUCAACUUCUUUAAGGGAGUCCAUUCGUCCACCGACGGCCAGUCACCAGUGGAUCCAUUGGGUGGCCCUUCUUCGCCAAUGACAUCGCUACAGCCACUUAAGACCAAAUAUGUUCGCGACUACUGUGUGCCAGCAGUUCGCGGAUUUUUCCGUUCCGUAUCGUUAGCUCACGGAUCCAGUCUUCAGGAUACACUACGCAUACUUACCAUUUGGUUUGAAGAAGGACAACAUCAGGAAGUAUAUGAAGCACUGGCCGAAGGCAUCAAAACAGUGCCAAUUGAAACGUGGCUUCAGGUUAUUCCACAACUGAUUGCCCGAAUCGAUACAACCCGACAAUUAAUAGCACGACUAAUACACCAAUUGCUUAUAGACAUCGGUAAACAUCAUCCGCAGUCACUUAUAUAUCCGCUGACAGUGGCCUCAAAGGCCUCAGCACCGGGACGUCAAGCAUCGGCCAAAAAGAUUCUGGAUAUGAUGCAGGUCCAUUCACCUAAUUUAGUACAACAGGCAAUGCUUGUUAGUGAGGAACUCAUACGUAUUGCCAUUCUUUGGCAUGAAUUAUGGCACGAAGGUCUCGAAGAAGCGUCCAGACUGUACUUCGGCGAACGCAAUGUCAAAGGAAUGUUUGAUAUAUUGGAUCCGUUGCAUCAAAUGUGUGACAGAGGACCACAAACACUCAAAGAGAUGAGCUUCAAUCAGGCCUAUGGUCACGACCUUAACACUGCCAAAGAGUGGUGUCGCAAAUACCAAAUGCACGGCAAUGUCAAAGACUUGACACAGGCGUGGGAUACCUAUUAUCAUGUGUUCAGAAGGAUAUCCAAACAGUUACCACAAUUGACAUCAUUAGAGCUUCAAUAUGUAUCACCAAAACUGAUGCAAUGUCGUGACCUCGAGUUGGCCGUUCCCGGCUCUUAUAAUCCAAAUCAACCACUCAUUAGCAUUGCUCGGGUCGAGCCUCAGCUUAAUGUGAUUACAAGCAAACAAAGACCGAGAAAAUUGUCCAUAAAAGGUAGUGACGGUCGAGACUAUAUGUUUUUGCUUAAAGGACACGAAGAUCUUCGACAAGACGAGAGAGUAAUGCAAUUGUUUGGUUUAGUAAAUACAUUGUUGACCAGCGAUCCCGAAACUUCUCAAAGAAAUUUGGCAAUACAACGCUACGCUGUGAUACCAUUGUCUCCUAACUCGGGACUCAUCGGUUGGGUUCCCCAUUGCGAUACUCUGCACACACUUAUCCGUGAUUAUCGGGAAAAGAAGAAAAUCUUGUUAAACAUUGAACACCGAGUUAUGCUACGAAUGGCUCCCGAUUACGAUCACUUGACUCUAUUGCAAAAAGUCGAAGUCUUUGAACACGCCUUAGAGCACACAACUGGCGAUGAUUUGGCUAAACUAUUGUGGCUGAAGAGUCCAUCGUCAGAGGUCUGGUUCGACAGACGAACUAAUUACACUCGAAGUCUGUCAGUGAUGUCUAUCGUUGGCUAUGUUCUCGGUUUGGGUGAUCGACAUCCGUCUAAUCUAAUGUUGGACCGAAUGUCUGGUAAGAUAUUGCACAUCGAUUUUGGCGAUUGUUUCGAAGUUGCGAUGACUCGCGAAAAGUUUCCCGAAAAGAUACCAUUCAGAUUGACCCGAAUGUUAAUCAAUGCAAUGGAAGUUACGGGCAUUGAAGGCACGUAUCGGAUGACUUGCGAAAAAGUAAUGCGAGUCUUACGCAAUAAUAAGGACUCAUUGAUGGCAGUACUCGAGGCCUUCAUACACGACCCGAUCUUUUCGUGGAAACUCAUCGAAGCACAACCAAAAGUCAAGCACUCAAUCGAUUUGUUAGAUGAAGAUGACGGUGCCGUCGGUGGUGCCCUAAACGCUGCCGCCUCGACCUCCAAGAGGCCAUCGAUAGCCGCUUCCAAUCCCAUCAGUGGUAUCAUCACUGAGAGUGCCGGCUUUGCUCACGAAGGACUCAAUAAGAAAGCCUUAACAGUCAUAAACCGAGUGCGCGAUAAACUAACCGGUCGUGACUUUGACGCUCACCUAACUCUCGAUGUGCCCGAACAGGUGGAUCUACUCAUACGACAGGCCACCUCUCAUGAAAAUUUAUGCCAAUGUUAUAUCGGUUGGUGUCCAUUCUGGUGAUUCAAAAAAAAAUUAAUUGUAAUUAGUAUUUACUUUUCAAUAUAUAAAUUAAAGUCACAAAAUUGAUAUAUAAUUAUUACGAAAACUAUUAAUUAAGUCAUUUUGAUUUAAAAUAUACACAGAAAUU